CACUUCUCUCAAUCACAACUCAUUCAUCACAUCCAAUUCCAAUCGUGUAGUACAACAAACCAUAAGUGCGCACUAUACAUUCAAAAGACUCAGAUCGAUACUCAAGAAAUCGUUGAAGGUUAAAAUUUGUUACAUUUUUGUUGUACACAGCAAAACUUGAAAUCAUUAAGAUGGAGAGCAGCUUAGGAGACAUGUUGUUGAAGGUUGCCAUGUUCUUUGUGGUCCAAGCUUUGGUUUACCUUAUCCUUUCAAGUUCAUCAAACAUCUUCUCCAAGGAUAUGAAGAGAUCGAACAGCUUCAGGCCGGCGCGGUCCGUGAGUAUUCGCAGGAUGUUGGCUUUCAUCUCUGAUUUCCCCCCUGAAGAAGCAGAACCAUCUCCUUCUUCAAAGGGUCCUCAAUCACCGGCCACUCAAAGUUAAGAUUCAUCAACUAUACCGCAAUGAAUUCUCAGGCUGCUUAAUUAGGAGCUGUUUGCUGCUUGUAAAUGCAAAAUUAGAUUAAACGCACGAUCCUAGCUACAUUAUUGGUGUGGGAUCUUGAAUUCUUUUGAUUUUUUUUUUUUUACUUACCUAUAUGAUGUAAUAUAUUUAUGAAUGGAAUAUUGAGAUUGUUUUUUACUUC